CGCGGCAUGGCGGUGUAACCGGGGGGGGGAAUGUCGCUGCUGCGGCUCCGGGCGGCACUAUCGGGCCCGGCCCGGCUGGGGGGCGGCGGGGUCCCAUGGAGUGUUCUCAGGAACUACUCCUCUGCCAGCACCAAGGAGAAGGCAAGGAGGAAUGCUGUGUGUGAGAGGGCAGAGCUGCUGGAAGUGCUGAAAGCUCGAGUGAAGCAGCUCCAAGCCAGCAGCAUCCCAGAGGUGACAGUCAACAAAUCAGAGCUGACACUGCUGGGGAAUGACAAGUUGCAGGACCCACUGCAGGAGGAAGGGGCUCCCAGUCCCCUGGAGGAGCCAGCUGCUCCCUGGGGAAGGGGUCAGAGCCUGUCCAGACCCAGCAGCUGGGCUGAGAAGCUGAAGAAGGAGAUGCACGUCCGGCAGCUGAAGGUGGAACGGAAAUUAUCCCUGGCUGCCUCCCAGACAGCUCUGGAAGAAGAGGUAAAAGCCAAACCGAAGAGCAAAGAGAAGGUUAAAGCCAAGAAGAGCCUGAAGAGCCCCAAAGCAAAAGUGAUAACUGCCUGGAGCCAGGCCCAGGGUGGUUCCCACAGCACCUGCACCCACGGCAAGCUGAGGGUGACUGUGGGGAAGGAGGGGGUGAAGGCACAGAGGCCUCCACGAGCACAGAAGGACAGCAGCCAUCAGAAGGUCCUGCAGCAGAGCAUCCAGUCCACCCUGGAGUGCUUCCUCUUCCUGCAGCAGCCAGAGGAGGCCGAGAGGUUCCUCCUCUCCUACCACAGCUCCCCAGCCAAGAGGAGACUCCUGAGUGUCAGCGCCUACAACACAGUGAUGCACAGCUGGGCCAGGAAGGGCUGCCUGCAGCGCAUCAGCCGCCUGCUCUGCAUGAUGGAGUCCGUGGGUCUCCAGCGCAGCCUGGACUCCUAUGCAGCAGUGUUGGAGUGUUUGGGCCGAAGCCAAUCGUCCACCCAAGCUGUCUGGAGAUGUCUGCAGCAGCUGAAAAACGAUGGCUUCCACGUGGAUGACCUCUUCCAAAAGUGCCUUUUUGAGGAGGAUGAAAAGGAGAUGGUGCUGAGGGCCAUCAGGAUUGUCCAGCCCAACUACCAGCUUCCCCCUCCACCCAGCCCCCAGACCUGCAAGUCUUCACUGCUACAGGACUUCUACUCCAAAGAGAGGAUGGUGUCCUACCCCAAGCUGGAUUUCUCCGUGCAGGAGCUGCAGGAAUGCUUUCAGCAGCAGCUGGAGAUGGAGCUGGACAACACCGUCACCAUCGAGUCUGUGGAGUCCACCAAACCCCUGACCCCACAGGCCAUGAGAGCGCGCUCGGUCCUCUCCACCCUGCGCUCCCGCUGGCACGGAGCCCUCCUGCAGGCCCUGCACAAGUCCAAGCGCAGCAUGGCCAAGCUGAGGAACACCUCGGGCUACAGCACCCUGUACCCCUACCUCUGCCUGCUGCCAGACGAGGAGUACGUGGGCAUCAUGAUGCAGAUCGUCAACUCGCUCUCUCCACAAGGAGAAUCCCUGGCAGUGCUGGCCCGGGAGCUGGGCUCCAAGGUCUACAACAGGUACAUCACCCAGCGCAAGCUGCGCAGCCGGCAGCUGGAGAAGGUGCGGGCGGUCUAUGAGGGCUACAUCCACCUGCUGGCCAAGGACAGCCAGCCUGAAGAGUACCUGCCACGGGAGUACUGGGAGAAGCUGGUGGCAGAAGCUGGCUUUGGGCCUGCCCUGAACCUGAAGGACUGCAGCUGGCCCUACAUGCUCCUCAUGCGCCUGGGCAUGCACAUGCUGGAGCUGCUGGUGGAGGCUCUCAGGGUGCCCAGGAAUAUCCUCAAUCCUCGCCUGGAGCCCAGGCUCAUCCCUGUCCUCUACCACAUUUACUCCUUCCACAGCAGCUGGCAGGUUGGGCUGAUAAAGCCCCAUCCCAUCUUCUCCCAGCUUGUGUCAGAUGCUGGAGAGACCUUGCUGACCUUCAACUCCUCUGCCAUACCUAUGCUGUGUCCCCCAGUACCCUGGACCUCCCCCCACUUUGGUGCCUACAUCCUGAGCGACACCAAGCUGAUGCGCUUCGUGGAGGGGGUGGUGCAGCACCAGCAGCUGCUGGAGCAGUGUCCCCAGGUCCAACUCCACCCCGUGCUGGAUGCCCUCAACCAGCUGGGCAACUGUGCCUGGAAGAUCAACCGGCCCGUGCUGGAUAUCAUCAUCUCCAUCUUCAACGACAAAGGCAACGAGAAGCUGGACAUCCCGCCGCCUGUCUCUGAGGUCCCCAGGCCUUCUGCUCCUCCGGGCAGUUCCUCUUCCUGGAGCAAGGCCCACAAGCAGGAGCUGCUGCUCUACAAGAAGAAGGCAGCUGAGGUGCACAGCAUGCGCAUGGACGCGCUCUACAAACUUUCCAUCGCCAACCACGUCCGGGACAAAGUCUUCUGGUUCCCUCACAACAUGGAUUUCCGAGGCAGGACUUACCCUUGCCCACCUUAUUUCAACCACCUGGGCAACGAUGUCACCCGGGCCAUCCUGCUGUUUGCAGAGGGGAGGCCUCUGGGGCCCAAAGGCCUGGACUGGCUGAAGAUCCACCUGGUGAACCUGACAGGGCUGAAGAAGAAGAAUUCCCUGCAGGAACGGCUGGAAUACGCCAACGAAAUCAUGGAGGAGAUUCUGGACUCAGCCGACCGUCCCCUCACAGGCAGGAGGUGGUGGAUGAAGACAGAUGAGCCCUGGCAAGCCUUGGCCUGCUGCAUGGAGAUUGCCAAAGCCUCCAGGUCCCCGGAUCCGGCUGCCUACAUCUCUCACUUCCCUGUUCACCAGGAUGGUUCAUGCAAUGGGCUGCAGCACUACGCAGCUCUUGGCCGGGACCUGAUUGGUGCCAUGUCUGUCAACCUGAUGCCCUGCAGUGUCCCCCAGGAUGUCUACAGCGCGGUGGCACAGCAGGUGGAGGAGUUUCGGAAGAAGGAUGCUGAGCAGGGGGUGAAGAUUGCCCAGGUGCUGCAGGGCUUUGUCAGCCGGAAGGUGGUGAAGCAGACGGUGAUGACGGUGGUGUACGGCGUCACGCGCUACGGCGGGCGGCUCCAGAUGGAGAAGCGCCUCAAGGAGAUCGAUGAGUUCCCCGAGGAAUACCUGUGGGAAGCCUCUCACUACCUCGUAAAGCAGGUAUUCAAUGGCAUCAAGGAGAUGUUCUCAGCAACUCGAGACAUCCAGCACUGGCUGACAGAGAGUGCCAAGCUCAUUGCCCAGUCGGGACAGACAGUGGAGUGGGUGACACCCCUGGGUCUCCCCAUCGUGCAGCCCUACUAUCGCUCCAGGUCCACCGUGCUGAACUGCAACAUGCAGCACCUCAGUGUGAAAAGCUUCAACAGCAACCAGAAGCCAGAUACUGUGAAGCAGAAAAACGCCUUUCCACCCAACUUCAUCCACUCCCUGGACUCCACACACAUGAUGCUCACAGCUCUGUACUGCCUCAGGCAGGGUCUGACCUUCGUCUCAGUCCACGAUUGCUACUGGACUCAUGCGCUCACUGUGGACAUCAUGAACCAGAUCUGUCGGCAGCAAUUCGUGGCUCUGCACAGUGAGAAGAUCCUGCAGGAUCUGUCCCAGUUCAUGCUGGAAAAAUACUGCAGUCCUGGCAGAGAGACUAGAGCCCAAUGGCAGAAGAAGCUGAUGGAGCAGCUGUCAAAUGUCCCCAAGACAGGUGACUUCAAUCUGAAGGAGGUGAUGGAUUCCACCUACUUCUUCAGCUGAGCUCAGAUCACUAGUGGGGCCUUGGCCCCCCCUUCUGGCUCCUGCUUCCAAUGGGAAAGGCAUUUGGCUGCCAACCCCAUGCCCACUGCCUUCUCACCACCAAGUACUGGGGCAAACUGGGAUGUUGGGGAGCACGGGAGCAGCCCCAAGGGGCCAGUGGGGAACAGGGGUUUGAAUUGUCCUGGUUCUGCCUGUGCCUCAGGCAAAGGGAGGGAGCACCCAGCCCUGGGGAAGAGGCACCCAGCAUCUCUGGUGUGGGGUGGGACAGUGGAUGCCAGGGCUGGCUCCCUGCAGUCCUCCCCUGGCACAGGGUCACUGCCACUGUCCUGGGGUGCCCCAUCACUCUCCACCAGCAGGGUACAGACCUCCUGCAGUGUUUGGCCCCCUCUGGAGGGACAGCAGCCAGCCCAGGAGUGGGUGCAGCAGCUCCCUCUGCCCUGCUCUGGCUCUGGGUUGGUUUUCCACUGCUCUCCUGUCACACAACCUCUGCAAUUCAUGACUCAUUUCCAGGGAUCGGUUUCACUUCUGCUCACUGGGUCUCAGGCAGGGAAAAACCACUACCAGGGAGUGGAGGUGUACAGUACUGUAAAUAUAAUGUUUUUUGAAAUAGUC